CAUAUUUAGCAACUCUCAUGCUCCAUGUGGUUGAAAAUGUUGAAGUGAUCGUUUUCUGUCCUGAAUUUCCGAUUUUAUUAUUCUGUUUGUGCGGUAUUGAAAUAAAACUGUUUUUGGAAAUAGUAAUUACGUAUGAUUAAUAUAUAGUGUUAUCUACCCAGCAAAGUAAAAAAAUGAAGCCUCUAAAGAAACAUAAAGAUAAAAAGGGGAAAAAUAAGAAGAAAUCCGUGAUUAAACCUAAAAAAGGUCAAGUGCUUGUAGUGGCACAAGAAAUAAAAUUCGCCAGAUUGUUGUCGGGCAACGAAAAGAAAACCAGGGACAGAGUAUUAAAAGCACUAAAGAAGUGGCUGUCCAACUGCUUCGAGAAGUCGCAUGUAUUUAAAGAAGAUGACUUUAUUAGAGUAUGGAAGGGCCUGUUUUAUGCCAUGUGGAUGUCAGAUAAACCUCUUGUACAGGAAGAAUUAUGUGAGAGUAUCGCUGGGGUACUGGACCUGUUCCCAGCAGAACAAGUUAAAUAUGCUGUGCUAAUGAUGAAAGCUGGCUUCCGAGUACUUGCCACAGAGUGGUAUGGUAUUGAUUAUCAUCGUAUGGACAAAUUUCUAAUGUUGGUGCGGCGGUACCUUCGAGGGAGUCUUCGGUGUCUCCAGCGUUCCAAUUGGAGUAUUGAAAGUUGUGAAAUGUUCAGCAAAAUGCUGAAUGGACCUGAUGGUAUAUUAGCUGUGCGAACACCUCAUUAUGCCAGAAAUGCCACAUCAAUGUUGAUGCAUAUCGCCGACUGUUUUCUAGAAGAGUGUUCCAAGGUGUCAGAUGGAGACAUCUCUGAAGCCAGCAUUGUGGUGCUCAUUCGUCCGUUUGCGGAGUACAUGGCCUUCGGGGAGACAAUUGCGGUGAAUGCCAGCUGCCGGCGGGUGUUCAAUGCUCUGGUGCGUCAGAGCGAGCUCGGGCUGCAAUACCAACAGGCCACAGAAGCCUGGAAGCAGAUGGGGUGCCCUCAAGGAGGUCCGGAGGCUUUAGAAUUGGCUUCUGAUGAUGACGAUGACGAGACACUAAGUGGUGAUGAAAUCGAGAGUGAUGAUGGAGCUAGCGACAGGCCGCUGGAUCCUCGAGCUGGACGUGUGAAUGUGGAACUCGCGAGUCUGCCGGUACCCGCACGCGAGAUCGCUGCCAUGCUCAAGAGCUUGCUGGCAAAGGCUUCGUCUAAAACUCAUAAGCGGAUCAAAAUAUGUAUGCAAAGAUUCGAGCGGCUCUCCUGCGAUGAGUAUCCCUUGCCUGAAAAGGCCCCUCCAUCUUUAGAUGAACCUCCCCUUCGGCCUACUGUGGCUGCCAAGGAACUCCUGCGGCACGAGAAAAAAUUGGUGGAAUCGGCUGAUGAACUCGGUCUUAAAGGCCUGAGUCGUAAGCAGCGGCGACGACUGCUGGCACGUUCCCGAGCAGGAUUUAGCAUCGUGGAUGGCCAACUCACCACCGAAAACGCUACGAAUGAUGGCUGGACUGUAGAAUCUACAGAACAACAACCUAAUCAGGACUCGUCUGACAAGGAGAAUGUAGUUAAAAACAAGACAAAGAAAAGAAAAAUGAACAAUGAAAAUAAUAAAAAAGAUGUUAAAAAGAGGAAAAAUGAUGUUAAAAAACAGAAAAUUAGUAAUUCUGAACAGAAUAAUGGCUCAUUUAAUGGUAAUGAAUAUAUAAACGAUAAUAAAAUAAAAGUGAAGGAAAACAAAGUUAGAGAUAAUAACAGUGACUCGAAUUUAAAAAUGAACAAAUCAGUAACAAAUAGUGUUCCUUUUAAAAAAAAUAAAUCAUUAAAUGAGAAGAAAAUAAUAGACAAAGAACUUGAUAGUAAUAAGAAACAAAGUGUAAAAAGAGAAAUUAGUAAUAAUAAAAAGGAAAUUUCUAAUAAUAAACAGAAUUUAAAUGAAGUGAAAAGAAAUAAAACAGAUAAUUCGAAUAUUAAAAAUGAAAAUAAAUUAAAGGUUGAAAGUAAAGUUGAAGCCAAGAAGCCUACAUUAGUAGUUAAUAAAGUUAAGAAUUUUCAAAAACAAACCUCGCCUAAUGAUAAAAGGAUAGAGAAUGUAUUAAAAAAAGUAUCUUAUCACACUCCGAAAAAGGUGAAGUUCGUGUUAAAAAACAACUCGAUGCAAGGCACAAUGGACUAUUAUAAGAGUGUGCGACAGAGUCCAAACAUCCCAUUCGAUGGCACCAGGAGACCGACGAAAACCAACUUAAAGCCGUCCAUGCCAUCACCGAUAAAUCCAUUCUUCAAAAAGAAGUUGAAACUUAGAAAAUCAAUGUGAUUCAAUAAAAACGUUAUGAAGUGUU